AUGCUUUCACCUGAUAUUGAGUUAUAUUGCCAUGCUAUUAUUUCAAGAAUGAAAGAAGUUAUCAGAGUGCAAGAUCUUGAAGUUCUUACACCAGAUAUUGAUCCCGAUUUUCGUGCUGAAAUCAAAGAAGAAGAAUUCAGAUCGUUAGUUGCUGCAUUUCCAGCUAGAUUCCAUCCAGAUGAAUUAGCAGCCUUAGUUCACAAAUACAAGAAAGAUAAAUACAUUGAUUUUGCUAGAUUUAUUUCGGAUUUAGUUCAUCCAGAUCAACCUAUAGAUAUCGUUAUAACUCCAGAAUCUCCUAAAAAGAAACUUCCUUCAAAGUAUGAAGAACUCGCAAGAUAUUUAUAUGACAGAUGCACUAAUCUUUCAGAGGCAAUGGCACCUUAUGAUAAAAAUAACACUGGUAAAGUUACUGCUGAUCAAUUUUGCCGUGGCUUUCUCGGAUUUGAUUCAGCAAUGCAUGUUUUCAGGCUCGCUGUUGAUCGUAAUACAAACCAGGUUGAUUACAGACAACUUCAACGUGAAAUCAACACGAUCGAUCUCAAAUUCACAGCUCAAGAGUCAAACUUCGCUCCAGAUCAGAUCCCUGACAUCGUACGUAAGUUUGUUCAACAAGUUAACUCUCAUGGUAUUAUUUUGCAAGACGUUUUCAUCAAAUUGAGCGCGCAUACAGGAUUCUCUGAUCCACAGCAAUUCUUACAGACACUACGAACACUCAAACUUGCAUUUACAAUUGCCGAUUAUCAAGAAAUUACAAAAGCUUUCACAAAAGAAGGCAGAGUUGACGUUAAAUACUUCCUUCGUGUUGCAAACCUUUACUCACAGGAGAAAUACGUCCCUCCACCACCAGAAGUUGUCAUAGAACAUGUCAAAGCCAGAUUAAUUGAUUUCAUUAAUGAUCGUCGUCUUAAUAUCUGGACAAUGUUCAAGCCAUAUGAUCGUUCAGGUAAUGGCCUUGUUCCUAAGACAAUUUUCGUCAAUACUCUCAUUGCUUUGCAAUUCGAUAUCACAGAUCGCGAAAUCCGUGAAUUUGUCGACACUAUUACAGUUGAUGAAGACAAAUAUGUCAACUACAUUGAGUUUGCAAAGGUCGUUUACGCACGCCGUGCAGUUAAUUUCGACGAAACAAUUGAUUCUGUAUUAGAAAGGCUCAGAAACCAUGUUAUCGAGAAAAGUGUUAGACUUGCAAGAUGCCUUUCUGUUUAUGACCGUGAGAAGUCCGGAUUAAUCUCCACAUCUCAAUUUAUUGCCGCUCUUCGAAGAAUUCAGUUUACUUUGACAGAAAAAGAUAUCUCAUUGAUCAGAGAUCAUUACGAGGAAAAGAAGAUGAGGCAUUUCUUGUUGUGGCGCCACAUUUCGGAAGAUGUCGAUAUCCAACAAGGUCCUGUUGGCAACAUGUCUGCAAGCAGCAGCAAUCUCCAGUUCUCACCUUCCAUGCGUGAGAUCCUUUCUUCAUCUAGAACAAUGACCACUUAUAAUACAAUUCAAGUUUCAUCAUCAAAUCCAACAGAAAACCGUCCAGUUCCUGAUAAUUUGAUCCCUGUUUUUGGUCGUAUCUUCAAGCGAACAUCAGAUUUCGGAAUCGAUAUUGCAGAUGAGUUCCUUCGUAAAGAUAAACUCAAGAAAGGACGUGUUCCAAGAGCUUUCUUCAUUGAGACAAUUUCAAUGGUCAACAUCCAAUUGUCCGCACAAGAAUUAUCUGAUCUUUGCCAAUUCUACACUUGCCAGAACAGCACAGACAUCUAUUACAUGUCGUUCCUUAAGGAUGUCGAUGAAUUCGGUACAUUGGCCGCAGAUACAUUGCACGAUGACGAUAACGAAGAAGAAUCGAAGCCGGAAGAAGAAGUCAAAAACGACGAUUAUUCUUAUGUUCCUCCUCCAGAGGAAUGUCGCACAACGAGAUCUCUCGAGAAGUCAGAUGUCCCUCACGAUUUGGAGUCAGACUUGGCACAGCUCAAGUUCGGAUGCGCUAGAAUGCAUAUUGAUCCAAUCGAUAUGUUCAAAGAUUUCGAUAAAAAGAGGACAGGAAUUGUUUCGAAGUCUAAUUUCGCUAGAUGCAUUUCAAAUAGCGGAAUCAGACUUUCUCAAUCAAUUAUUGACUCGUUAUCGAAUCAUUUCAGCGAUACAAAGAAGACAGAUAAUGUCAACUACUUGAGAAUACUCAAGGCUAUCGAUGAAAACGCAAACCACGUUAAUUACGCCAACAUUUCAACUGAUGAGUUGGAAACAAUCAAAUUACAGUCCCAUAAAUUCAUGGAAAGACUGAAACAGCAGAGAAAGACAAUCGCUAACGUUUUCGAUAUUGUAGAAGACCAAGAUGCAACAAUGCCUGAAGCUGAUUUCGUAACAAAGGUUUCACAGGCUUGCCCAACACUUACAAAUGACUACUUAAGACUCUUCGUGAAGAAGUAUAGGGCAGAAACGAAUGGAAUGGUUUACUACAUGAGAUUCGUUAAUGAUUGCAACAAAGAAGCUUUAUUAUUCUAA